CCCCACCCCACCCCACCCCACCCCAUCCCCUGUGUCUUCCCACCCAGAGAUCUAGGCGACCCAGCUCUUUGCUCACUGGAGAAAGAGGAAUUGCUUCUGCAUCUGGCUUGGAAGCUACUUACGGUAGCUUGAGGUUCUCCACCAUGUUUCACAAGGAAGGUAGUGGAGAAAUCUCCCGCCACCCUGAUUCUGUUGUGUUCGUGUGUUCGUGUGUUCGUGUGUUUGCUUGUAUGUAGGGAGAGGAAUCUAUCUGGGCCUUAUAGCUCAGUGCAAGCGUGCUCAAAUUUGCGUCUUGGGCACAGACUUGCUAGAAUUCAGCUGGAGAACAAGCUAGCCACCUUCCUCCUUCCCGUGCCGGUCCUACUUAACUUCUGCAACCCUUCUAACCCUUGAAAUUAGGGAGCCAUUGUUUUCAGAUGUGUAGCAGUUGGCUGUAGUUACUCAGCAAUGUCCCUCUGCAUGUGUUCAAUGACGCCAUAGCUAUUUCACAGAACCAGAGAGUUGGAAGAGACUUUGAAGUUCGUCUACUUGAAACCCCUGCUCAGCGCAAAGAUGCCCAUUGCUUCAGCAUCCCAUCCAAGGUCUGCUUUAAAACCUCUAAGAAAGGAGAGUCCACUACCUUCUAAAUAACUCAUGCCUUCAAGAAGUUCUUUCUAAUAAGGCAAAAUCCUAUUUCAUGUGAUUUGAAUCUGUUGUUUCAGGUGUCCUACAAAUUUGCCCCAUCUCUGUGACAGCCCUUCAGAUAUUUGAAAGUAGUCAUCAUUGUAUCUUGUUCAGGCUAAAUAUACUCAGCUGCUUCAACCUGAAGACCUAGGAGGAAAGGGGUCCUCUUGCCCCUCCCCGUGUUAGUUUGCUUGCUUGCCCACCCCAACCCCAACAUCUGGACACAUUCCAAUGUGUCAAUAUCCUUUUUAAGCUCCAGUGCCCAGAAGUUUACACUUCUCCAUAUUCUGCUGCCUGGUCACAGCAGAAUGGAACAGCAUCAUUCCUUGUGAUCUAGAAUCUGAUGCUAUCGUGCUGAUGCAACCUAGAAUUUCGCUAGCCUUUGUUUACACCCCAUCUCACUGCUGACUCCACAGUGGGGCUGCUGACCAUGUGUCCCAGUAAUGAAUGCUAGACUCUGUGUCAGCAUCUAGCAUCCUUGGGCAGCUUCCAGAAUUGCAGUACCAUGGCAUGGUCCACAGCUGAUGCCUGCCCUGGACCUCCUAUAAUUUUGAUGGGGUGGGGGAGCACUCUGAGCAUGGCAAUGGGGUCUAUCCAGCUUUUAAAUUUCCCAACAAUGCCCCUGGCCUAGUGUUGCUUUGGGGUACUGUGUGAAAUUUAAAAAGUACAUAGAUUUCACUGCCCAGCAGUCAGCUAAGCCCAUCAGAGGACAUUUUUGCCCAAGGUAAACCUGAAGCUGCCUCCGAUGAAGGCCUUGAGAAGGGGCUCCAGGUCCAAAUCCGCCCCCUUCUUCCAUCUUGCUCUGCUUUUAAAGCUUGCUAGGGUCAAAGAGAUGAGAUAAAGUCCACAGGGCGCUAGGCUUCUUCAAAGCUCAGUGUUUCUUCCUGGGUUUGGGCCAUGAAAGCUUUCUCCUGCCAUCUUGGCAGCACAUGGCUCAGCAAUGAGGACUGGAGCAUGAUGGCAAUGCCCAGCCCUGUUGCCACAUUCCCAGCAGGCCCAGGAAUUGCUGCUGAAAAGUCUGGGCGACAUUCUUGUUCAUGGCUCUGGCUGGGGCCAAAUGGACUUAGCUGCCCCAGUUGGGUGCUCUUCAGCAGUUGCAAUAAUGCAUAUAUAGAGUGCUGCAGACUCCCCUAAGCAGUCGGGACUCGGCCCCAACCUAAGGAGCCAAUUGAGGAUACUGCAGAGACGAAGAAUAAGCCAAGGGCACCCCAGGAUGACCGUCAGCCGGUGGCCUUAUUGCAAGCACACACCCUUUGUCUUGGGACUCUGUUUCUCUUUCCACCUGCAACUGCUUCCUCCUCCAGCUCUCCAGCCUUCCAGCCGACUACGAAGAUGCAGGACUUGCUUGCUCUUGUGCCUCCAACAGCACUGAGGCCAUUUGUCCUUUCACCUGCUGAAAUCUGCUGUUACAAAAGCACAGUUACACUUUGCAGCAGAAAAGUUGGCGCCCUGAGUCACCCCCUCCACUGCUCUCUCCCUGCACUUCAAGCCUCUUGACUUUGCUUUAAUCAUUAACCAGAUGUUUGAGCUGUGUGGAGACCAGGGAAUGGGGGGGGGCUGGGAGCUGGAUGGUGGGAGCUUAUAGGACCUGAGCUGCUGCAUUGAGGGGAGGAGGGGAAGAUUGUGGAAGAGGUUGCAAGGGUCAGUCUAGGGUCAGUUCACAUUCUUUUAGUGGCCUUAGUCUGGACUCAUAAUGUGUCUAUGGCAGGGUCCCCUCAAGGCUGGCAGCUUCAACCUCAUCACCCCUCUUUGUGGUAGUGAAGUGUCAACUCUCACUCAAGCCUAGCCACUUCAUUGACUUCCCUCCUCCCCCCCCUCUCUCACACACAACUAGCCAACCAAUCCUUUGUCGGACAGAUACAGCCAGACAUAUCAGUACAGAUUGGGAGAAGCCACUGAAUUGGCUGGGGGGACAGCUCCACUACUUGAGGCAGUGACUGCCCCCCCUCCGCCGCCACCACAAACAAGAGAGGGGCCUCAGCACCCCUCAUUUCCUGUGGCUGAAUACUUGGCAUCCCUCCUCCUGCUUGUUGCCAGAAGCACACACACACACCCCAACCGAAGGGGGUCUGUGUUUUCUAUUGCUGGCCUGGCUUGACUCAUCUCUGCUGAUGUGUCACAUUUUUUGGAUUUUUCUCUUCAUCCUCCAUCCAUCCGGAUAUUUCUGGGAAAAACAGGAUCUGGCUGCCCCUGUGUCCGCUGCCCCACUUGGGCUAAACUCAUUGCUCUCAGUCCCAGGAAAACUCCAGCCACCAAACUUGCUGCAGCCAAGGAGGCAGGACAGCUGCUUUUGAGCUCAGUGUUGUGAAGUAGAGAAAGAGAGAGGAUGCUAAAGGAGGUCUGAUCCUUCCCUGCCCCGUUGCCACUGCUGGGGUAUUGAGGGACUGCAAUGGAGGCAGAGCAGCAGCCUUGAAAUUGGACGGACCCUGCGCUCGGUGCCACUGAGGAGCCACCAUGGAGACCCACAAGCGGGAGAUGGAGCUGCUGAGCAACAGCAUGGCAGCCUAUGCACACAUCCGAGAUCACCCUGAGAGCUUUGGCCUUUAUUUUGUGCUGGGGGUCUGCUUUGGCCUUGUCUUGACCCUCUGCCUGCUGGUCAUCCAUAUCUCAUGGCAGCCUCAGGCCAUCCCCCGCAAGCCCCGAAAAAGCCUACGCGACUUCAGUGAAGAUGAGGACGAUGAGGAGGAGGACGAUGACGAUGAGGAGGAAGACACCAUUGACCAAGCGGCUUCUGAGCCCCCCUUGGCUAUGACGGAGCUGCCGCUGGAGGCCCACUCCACCCCUGAUGGGACCCUCACUGUCAACGUCUUUGCCUCGGCAGAAGAGCUGGAGCGUGCCCAGCGGCUGGAGGAGCGGGAACGCAUCCUCCGCGAGAUCUGGCGCAACGGGCAGCCUGACAUACUGGGCACAGGCACUGGCACCAUUGGCAGAGUCCACUACUAUUGACCCAUGGUUGGCCAUAGUCACAUUCCUCACCCGGGCAGGGUGGACUGCUACUGGACUCUUAAACCCCCUUGUCUCACCCCAAGGGAUUUAUGGUUAAUCACUUCACCCAGCCAGUAUCUCAAACGUUGCGAGACCUGCCCUUAUGCCAGAUAAGAGGCAGCGGUUUUGCACAGGGGUGAGAGAGGAUCAAGUGACAGUGAUAAAAUGGCAAGAAGGACCAAGAUGACUUAGUUAGUUGGACAGCAAAUUCAAGGACUCUGCUCCUUUUCCUCCUGGGAACUAGAGAGGGAAGGCAGUGCAGGCAAAGUAAAGGAGCAGCACACAGAACUAAUGCCAGUUCCUCUGUUUACGUGGGAGGACUAUUCCUGAUUUUCACAAUGGACAUGUGUAGGGAACAUGGAAAGUGGUGUAGCAGUGCCCACUGCAGUAACAGAAAGGUACGGGGGUUGCAGUUCACCAGCCUGAACAGAAGCAGACUUGCAUGCAGGACUCUGGCUUGCAUUGUGCUUAACUGAUUUAGUAGGCAAAAAAAUGAAUAUGGUGCUCUUGGGGAGGAUUGUGGCGGCAGGUCUUGUUGCACCUGUCCAGGUACCUCUAAAGGGAUGGGUUGGAGGCAAUAGACUGCAAGGACCUUAAACCCACCUGUGCUUACACACAACCACAUACCAAGGGAGGCAGAUCAACCGUGACAAAGUUCUGUAUCUCCCUUUUUUCCUGGCUGUGUUGGAAGCCUGUUUUUCUCCUACCCCUCCCAAAUGGUGCUUAUUAUUUCAAGGAGUUGCAUAGGGAACAGGUAAGUGCCAUCUACGGUAUUUUUCCACACUACCAGGAAACUCCCAGUGAAUUCUCAGGGUGCAGCACUUCAUCUCAUCCCACCUUCUGCCAGGUUGAUGCACAACUGGGGCGCAUCCUGCAAGGAGGCAGCUUGGGGAUGACCCCAGCCCUUCCUUUGCUGCCUGACUCCUCUCAUCCCACAAACAGGGUGUGAUUUGGCCAAGUAUUAUCAAGCAGCAGCCUUGUCCAGUGGCCUUUAUGGCUCUUUCCCCAGAUGGAAAAAGGGGGGAGGUUAGCAACCCUCCCACUGGUCCUGUGGGGCUUUGUGCCUGGUGCCCAUGUACCCCAGAGGGGGACUCUUUCAACUUUGCACAGACCCAUGUUGCAUACAGGACAACCUUGGUUUAUAACAGGCCGGUAAACUUUUGUGUAAAAAUGUGCCUUAUCUUUCAUAAACUUCAUUCCAGUUUUCCACAACGUGCCUUGUGGUCUUGGUCUCACCUCUGGUCCUCUGCCUAAUUUUAUCUGGGUAACAAGGAAAAUGGGGGAAGCAGUCAGGAAGGCUAGCUUUCCUCUGCCCUUGGUGGAACCUCCUUUGGUCGAGAUGCUUUGCCAAUGCCUCUCCCUCUAAGCCCCCUAAUGUACAGGAAAGAGCCAGAUGGGAGGUUUGAGAGGGCGGAGGAGUCUGAGAGACUCUUGGCCAUGUUCCAAGCAUAUUUUGGUAGUAUAACUUCCUUUAACUUUCUCUCUGUCCCCAUCCACACACACACAGAUCCACCAACAUGAAGUAUGUCUAGUCUUUUCCUGAAAAAGGCUGGUUCUCCUCUGCACCAGACCUUCCCUGUAUUGUUGGAAGAAAAGCUUUUUGUACCCAUGCUACUUGAAGGCUCUUACUGACCCUCCUUUUUUGUGAGCCGUCUGCUUGGUUCCCACAAACCUCCUCCCC